AUGACUGUUGUGAACGGCACAGGGGCUACGACCCAGAGCGACAUCGACAACGUGAAGAAUGCGCCGUUUACUUACAAAAAUGCUUUUACAAAGCCGCCGCUUUCCGACGAUUUCAUGUAUGACUUUAAGUACGAUUUUCCUCUUCCAACCAUCGGAAGCGCAGAUAUCUUGGACUUUAGCGCCGAGGAUGAGAAGCACAAGAACGCUACUGCUGAGCAAUUUCUGAAGGACUUGGAGCGAAUUAUCGAGAGACAUGACUCCAAGGCCUUUGCCGAACUGUUCUUAGACAACGAAGGGGUCUGGAGAGACAAGCUGGUGUUCAGUUGGGAUUAUCGAUCAUUCAAUACUCCAGGCCGUAUCCAGCGAGCGGCUUCCGACCUGUUUCCGCGUACACCUGUCCGCAAUUUCGAGCUCAUUGACCCCAUGCCUUCGGUUGAGAGACCUUAUCCAGACCUUUCCUGGCUUCAGGUCAUGUUCUCUUUCCAUACCGACCUUGUUAGUGCCAGUGGCGCCCUGAACCUCGUCAAUACCAAGUCGGGCUACAGGAUUUGGUCUCUCCACACCGUCAUCGAAGGCCUCAACGGUCACCCUGAGGUCCCAGCUGGGGACGACCAUAUGACUGGCGACAAGUCGUGGUAUAGCCAACGAGCCGAGGACGACAACUUGGAAGGGGUUGAGCCUGAUGUUAUUGUCAUCGGCGGCGGUCAAUGUGGCCUUGCCAUUGCUGCGCGCCUCAAGGCGUUGGACGUCACUGCCCUGGUGGUUGAGCGCAACCAACGUAUUGGUGACAACUGGCGGAAUCGAUAUGAAUAUCUCUCUCUUCAUCUUCCUCACUGGGGUGACCAUUUCCCCUACUUUCCCUUCCCUGAGCACUGGCCCACCUACACUCCGGCUGGUAAGAUGGCCGACUGGCACGAGUGGUAUGCGAGUGCGCUUGAACUGACAUGCUGGACGAACUCCAAUGUCAUUUCCACCGAGAAGAACACCAACGGAGGUUGGUACGUCACCGUACAACGGGGUACUGGCGGUGGAAAGUACACACGCAUCUUCCACCCCAAACACGUUGUCCUGGCCAUUUCGCUUGCUGGUGUGCCAUUUGUUCCGGAUAUUCCCGGUAUUAAUAGCUUCCGGGGCUCGGUGAAACAUUCGACGCAUCGCCACUCUUCCCGUGAGUGGGUUGGCAAGAAGGCCUUGGUAGUUGGGACAUCCUCAUCGGGAUUUGAUACUGCGUACGACUUCGCUCGGAGGGGUAUCGACGUCACUCUUCUCCAGAGGUCUCCCACAUAUCUUAUGUCAUUGGAUGAGUCCGUCCCAAGAAUGAUCGCGCCUGUAUACAACCCCGAAGGCAAGAAACGGGCGGACAUUGACACCUCCGAUAGAGUUGCCUACGCUCUUCCUACUGGCCCCGCUGAGGAGCUGUUCCGUCGAACGGCGAAGGACAUCUGGGACGCAGAUGCCGAAUUAAUUUCAAAGAUGGAAAAAGCCGGCUUCAAGGUGUGGAGAGGCCAGCGAGACACAGGUCCUCACACCCUUGCCAAUACGCGAAACGGUGGCUUCUACUUCGAAGCUAGUGCUUGUGGUGCUAUUAUAGACGGCAAAAUUAAGAUUGAGCAGGGAUACCCUAUUCGCCUCACUGAAGACCACGUUGUGUUGAAUGGCGAGCGGGCCCAAAGAUAUGACCUGGUCAUCUUGGCUACGGGGUUCUCUAGCACAGUUGAGUCUGUUCGUCAGAUCUUCGGCGAUGAGAUUGCUGGCCAGUGCAAGCCAAUCUGGGGUAUAGAUGAGGAGGGGGAGUUCAAUGGUGCCUGGAAGCUGAGUGGCGUUGAUAACCUCUGGUUCAUGGUGGGCUCCCUGCAACACAGUCGGUACCAUUCUAAGAAGUUGUCUCUCCGGAUCAAGGGGAUCCUGAAGGGUAUUGCGCCUAAGCCGUACCUUGAUUAA